AUGGCUGAAGAUAAUUACGCGCGUGAAGAAGAUAACUUCGAGGAAGAAGAGGUCGACGAGACCAGCUUUAAAUCGGUGAAAGAUGCGGUGCUAUUUGCCAUAGACAUCAGUAGCUCGAUGCUCAAACCACGUCCAUCGCCUGAUCCAAAGAAACACAGUGAUGAGUCGCCCGCGUCUGCUGCAUUGAAAUGCGCGUACCAUCUGAUGCAACAACGCAUUAUCUCUAACCCUCAUGAUAUGAUUGGAGUUAUGCUAUAUGGGACAGAGUCAUCCAAAUUCUACGGUGAAGAUGAGAGUGGAGAUCUCUCAUAUCCUCACUGUUACCUGUACACGGACCUCGAUAUUCCGUCUGCCCAGGAAGUCAAGCACCUGCGGUCUCUGGCAGCCCCAGAAGCAGGUGAUGAGGACACACAAAAUAUACUGAAGCCAUCUAAGGAGCCGGUGUCCAUGGCCAAUGUGUUGUUCUGUGCAAACCAAAUAUUUACCUCCAAAGCUCCAAACUUCUUAUCCCGUCGGCUGUUCAUCGUAACCGACAGUGAUAACCCUCAUGCAGAGAACAAGGCAAUGCGCUCUGCUGCAACAGUACGCGCGAGAGAUCUGUACGAUCUUGGUGUCAAUAUUGAACUGUUCCCGAUCUCUCAGCCGGAUCACGAGUUUGAUACCUCCAAAUUCUAUGACGAUAUCAUCUACAAAACAUCGCCCAGUGACGGAGAUGCCCCUGUGUACCUGCAGCCGGACACCAACACAGCGACGGCCAAAGGCGACGGCCUGUCCCUGCUCAACUCUCUGUUGUCUAGCAUACAAUCCAGAUCAGUUCCUCGUCGUUCAUUGUUCUCGAAUGUACCCCUCGAAAUUGGGCCGGAUUUCAAGAUUUCUGUAAAUGGAUAUCUACUCCUCAAAAAGCAAGAGCCUGCCCGGAGUUGUUUUGUCUGGCAGGGAGGCGAGACUGCUCAGAUUGCCAAGGGUAUAACAACUCAAAUGGCCGACGAUACUGCGCAGGCAGUCGAAAAAGCCGAUAUCCGAAAGGCCUACAAGUUUGGUGGGGAGCAAGUCACAUUCACGACUGAAGAGACAAUGGCUCUAAGAUCCUUCGGUGAUCCGGUGAUCCGAAUCAUUGGCUUCAAGCCACUCUCGGCCCUCCCUAUCUGGGCCAAUGUCAAGCAUCCCUCGUUCAUCUAUCCUUCUGAGGAGGAUUACGUUGGCUCAACCCGUGUUUUCUCUGCUCUGCAUCAGAAACUCCUUGGUGCCAAAAAAUUGGCUUUGGUGUGGUUCAUCCCUCGCAAGAACGCCUCACCAGUUCUGGCUGCGAUGGUUGCCGGAGAGGAGAAAGUCGACGAGAAUGGGGUGCAGAAGAUUCCGCCUGGGAUGUGGAUCAUCCCGCUUCCCUUUGCGGAUGAUGUUCGCCAAAUUCCAGAUACCAAUUACAACAAAGCACCAGAUGAAGUAAUAACCGCUAUGCGCGAUGUGAUCCAGCAGCUUCAGCUUCCGAAGGCUGUUUACGAUCCUACGAAAUACCCGAAUCCUGCGCUCCAGUGGCAUUAUCGCAUUUUGCAAGCCAUCGCUUUGGAUGAAGAUCACCCUGGAAAGCCAGACGACAGAACUAUCCCAAAAUACCGACAAAUUCACAAGCGCGCUGGCGAGUAUGUUCAAGAAUGGGCCGAGAAAGUCAAAACCCAUGUGGCGGAGACGUCUGGCGGAACCGCGGCCACUUCGAUGUUGGUGAAACGAGGUCCCAAAUCCAACGAUGCGGAUGGGCCUCCUUCAAAGCGGCCAAAGGUUGAACUUGGUUCCUCCGGGGUGGAAGAAGAGGUGAAGAAGAGUUUCGAUAAGGGGGCUGUGGCUAAGCUUACGGUGGCCGUGCUCAAGGAGUUCCUGCAUUCUCAUGGCUGUGCUACUGCUGGAAAGAAAGCUGACCUUGUGGAACGAGUCGAGCAGUUCUUUGAGAAAAAGAUUUAG